GCAGGAGCUGUACACCAAGUACCAGUACAUGCAGACGUCACUGAACGCGCAGAGAUCCUGCCUCAGGGCCAAGCUCCCCGACAUCUCCUCCGCGCUGGAGACCGUGAACCACUUGGUGGAGAAGCGCGAGAAGGCCGACCGGAGAGGAGGAGGGGGACGACGGGUACCAGCUGGCCGAGAACAUCUGGUCCACGGCCACGGUGAAGCCCACCAGCAACGUGUGCUUGUGGCUCGGGGCGAACUGCAUGCUCGAGUACACCCUCGAGGAGGCCGUGGACCUGCUCAGGACCAACGAGGCGAACGCGAAGACAACGCUGGCGUCCUUGGAUGAGGACGUCGCGUUCCUCCGCGAGCAGAUCACCACGACGGAGGUCAACAUCGCCCGGACGCACAACCUCGGCGUCCGCCGGCGCCAGCAGGAGAAGGCCGAGGGCAAGGACGGAGCGCCGGCGCCUGCGCAGGCGCCCGCGCCGGCCCCGGCGGCGAAGGCGAAGGCGGCGCCGACCAAGGGCGAGGGCAAGUGCGGCGCCGUCUCCUACACGUGGGGGCAGACCAACCAGGACAUCGAGAUUGCCAUCGCGGUCCCCGAGGGUGCGACGAAGGAGGACGUCAAGGUGACCAUCCUCACGGAGAAGCUGAAAGUGGAGCACUCCGGGAACGUGCUGUUCGAGGGGGAGCUCGCGAGCAAGUGCAGCCCCAGCGGGUCAACCUGGACGAUGGGAACCAGCAAGGUCGAGAUCCACCUCGAGAAGGCGGAGGAGAAGAUGUGGCCGUCCCUGCUGGAGGAGCCCUGAGGGCAGAGCCGAGCUCUGCGACCUCCCUUGCUCGCGGCGCGCGGAGGCGCGCGCGCCUGGGCGCAAGGUUCCCCCGCACCCCUUCCGCCCUCCGUCCUCCCGCCCCCCCUCCAUGCGCACCGGACCCGCCGCGCCUCGCCGGCGCCGGCGUGCUCGUCGCCGGGGGCGGACAGCGCGGCGCCGUGGUCGAGGAAUACGCGCUUCAGGCCUGCGCGGCGCCGCCUGGCCAGUCGCCGCCUGGCGCCGUGCAGGGCAGGAGGGGGGAGCAGGAGGA